GUCCACUUUCCUCCAGCCCUGUCAUUUCAGCUCUGACACCAAGGCGAGAGGCUAGGAGGUCUACAAAUACCGUCUGGGUAGCUGGUGUGAGUACAGAGGGUACUGGGGGGGCUUAGCCCCCAAGGAAGAGGACCAGUCCUCCCCCAGCACCACCAUCAAGACCCCAGGGGCUCCCUCUUUCCUCCACAGACUGUGGACUGACUUAGGGAAUCCCAAACGAUGACAGAAAAGGAGGUGCUGGAGUCCCAUAAGCCCUCCUUCCCAGGAGAGAGUCGGCAAAGUGGGCUACAGCGGCUGAAGCAGUUAUUCAGGAAGGAGUCUACAGGGGCAAAGGAGAUGGAGCUUCCCCCAGAGCCCCAGGCCAAUGGGGAGGCAGUGGGAGCUGGGGGUGGGCCCAUCUACUACAUCUAUGAGGAAGAGGAAGAAGAGGAGGAAGAGGAAGAAGAACCACCCCCAGAACCUCCCAAGCUUGUCAAUGAUAAGCCCCACAAAUUCAAAGAUCACUUCUUCAAGAAGCCCAAGUUCUGUGACGUCUGCGCCCGGAUGAUUGUGCUCAACAACAAAUUUGGGCUUCGCUGUAAGAACUGCAAAACUAACAUCCACGAACACUGUCAGUCCUACGUGGAGAUGCAGAGAUGCUUCGGCAAGAUCCCCCCUGGUUUCCGUCGGGCCUAUAGCUCCCCACUCUACAGCAACCAGCAGUACGCUUGUGUCAAAGAUCUCUCUGCUGCCAAUCGCAAUGACCCUGUGUUUGAAACCCUGCGCACUGGGGUGAUCAUGGCAAACAAGGAACGGAAGAAGGGACAGGCAGAUAAGAAAAAUCCUCUAGCAGCUAUGAUGGAAGAGGAGCCGGAGUCUGCCAGACCAGAGGAAGGCAAACCCCAGGAUGGAAACCCUGAAGGAGAUAAGAAAGCUGAAAAGAAGACACCUGAUGACAAACACAAGCAGCCUGGCUUCCAGCAGUCUCAUUACUUUGUGGCUCUCUAUCGGUUCAAAGCCCUGGAGAAGGACGAUCUGGAUUUCCCACCUGGAGAGAAGAUCACGGUCAUUGAUGACUCCAAUGAGGAGUGGUGGCGGGGGAAGAUAGGGGAGAAGGUUGGAUUUUUCCCUCCAAAUUUCAUCAUUCGGGUCCGGUCUGGAGAGCGUGUGCACCGUGUAACAAGAUCCUUCGUGGGGAACCGCGAGAUAGGGCAGAUCACUCUCAAGAAGGACCAGAUUGUGGUGCAGAAAGGAGAUGAAGCCGGCGGCUACGUCAAGGUCUACACCGGCCGCAAGAUGGGGCUGUUCCCCACCGACUUUCUAGAGGAGAUUUAGGCUUGCAGACGCCUGCUGGCGGGAGAUACCCAAACCCCACUAUGGGCAGGCCCAGUGGAGGUUGGGAAGAGAAGGGGCGAAAGCAACUUUACCGCUGGGUGGGGGAGAGGUGGGAAGGCCCGCCGGAACGUGACGGGGCUUCUGGGAAGGGACUGGUUCCCGCCCCCCUCCCCCUCGGAGGGCGUCGCAGACUUGGUGCCUGGAGCAGCCUCACCCGCAACCCCUCAGGCCCAGCCUUUGAGAGCUGGAAAAAGAAGAAGGCAUCUCCACUUGGAGGCGUCCCGAGGAGAGGGGGGUUGAGGCGAAGUGUCCAAUGUUGCGAAUUUAUUAAAGUUUUGACAGAAGUUA